CCUUGAUUGAAGCAAAGCAAUUGUAUUUUAAUAGAAACACGGCGGGGGAAAAUCAUAUAAAUUCACCUACUAACUAUCAAUUUUUUCGAGUUAGGGCAUUAAAUUUGUUAUUCAUGUGGGUGGACCAUAUCAAGUCGAAGUAAAAAGGGCACCGUAUCUUCGCUCUCCUUCGCCCUUUACACUGCAAUUUGUAGGGUACCCUAAACUUAACCAUCACCUCUACGUCGUCGUCACGAAACCUCUCCGUCGUCGUCACGAAUCCUCUCCGUCUCCGGCGUCUCAACUCUUGACCGUCGCCCUCGUCUCGAAGUGUCAACGAACUCAUCUCGGCGUGAGCUCUCCUCCUCUCCGGCGUCUCGAAAUCUGCGAAGUCUGUAACAACCGUCCUCAUCUGUGCACUUAAUCUGAAUUUUGCUGAGCAGCUCAAGUGUGGUGUGACGGACCUCAAUUGCUUGGUGGUUUGAAUUCUUGCAACCAUGAAGCAUCGGGACUCCAAAGAUGCAAAAAAAUUUGGCAAAAUCAACGGCUCAACAUCGAGCAUGGGCAACAACAGGAAGAAGAAGAACAUGCAGAGAUUGGGUGGGUCCGGCCUCUCUCUCGAAGCCUUUGCUAAUGCCAAAUCAAUGAGCAACAAGUACAAUCCUGCAUUCAAAAAGAAGCAGAGGGAAUUCUACAAGAAUGCUAAGCGUGUGAGCAAGUAUAAGAAGUCACUGAAACAACAGAAUCAACAGAAUGAUAAUUCCUUGGCCAUAAGACCUGUAGAGGAUCAAGCUCAAACUAGAGAUGUUGAUGAGAAGAAUAUAAAGAACAAGAAGAAGAAGAAGAAGAAACCAAGUAUGGAAGAAUUGUAUAUGAAGAAGCGUGAAGAAAUUGAGCAGGCAAGAAUACAGAAGGAGGCAAUUAUUCAGGCAAAGAAGGAAGAGAGAGAAAAGGCUGAAGCUGAAAGGAAGGCAACAAGAGCGAAGAUGUUCAAAAAAACGAAAUAUGGCCAGCCUGUGAUGAAGUAUAGGAUUGAACAUCUUUUGCAGACCAUUCAAAGUUCUAGCAAAAACUCAGUUAAUAGCAGUAACUAGUUUGAAAUUCUGCAUCUUUAGCUUGUUUACCUUAUUCAUGAAAAUGGUAGCACAAACUGAUGUGGAUAAGAAAUCUUGAAUUAUUUUGUUGAAACUAGAUAGAUAUAAGUUCAGCUGUAAUAGUUUUCUAGGUCGAGGAGAUUUUAGUUCAAGAAAAAACAAACAUCUGUUGUAGCUUGUUUUGAUAAUUAAUAAAUUGAAGUUGAGUGGCA